AUGGAAUACGAAUCCACUUCUGCUUCUCUAAAUGGGGGUCCUGAUCUGGCUCCUCCACCUGCCGGGCUUCAGCCAGAGAAUCAACCACCUCCAGUUCAGCCCGUCAUGAAUCCGUCUGUUCCAAUUAAUGCAGUGCCUUACAUGAUUCAGCCGUAUAAAGGCUAUCCAGUCCAGAGGUACCUUCCAAAUGCCAUACCUCAGACAGCAGGACCUGGACCGGUUCCUCUAGCCGCGGGGCUAGAGCCACAGAAUCAACCACUUCCGGUUCAGCCAGUCAUGAAUCUGCCUGGUCCAAGUAAUCCAGUACCUCACCAGGUUCAGUCAUACACAGGCUACCCAAUCCAAAAUUACCCUCCAAGUGCCAUACCUCAGACAGCAGGACCUGGACCGGUUCCUCCAGCCGCGGGACCUCACCAGGUUCAGUCAUACACAGGCUACCCAAUCCAAAAUUACCCUCCAAGUGCCAUACCUCAGACAGCAGGACCUGGACCGGUUCCUCCAGCCGCGGGGCUAGAGCCACAGAAUCAACCACUUCUGGUUCAGACAGUCAUGAAUCUGCCUGGUCCAAGUAAUCCAGUACCUCACCAGGUUCAGUCAUACACAGUAGGCUACCCAAUCCAAAAUUACCCUCCAAGUGCCAUACCUCAGACAGCAGGACCUGGACCGGUUCCUCCAGCCGCGGGGCUAGAGCCACAGAAUCAACCACUUCUGGUUCAGACAGUCAUGAAUCUGCCUGGUCCAAGUAAUCCAGUACCUCACCAGGUUCAGUCAUACACAGUAGGCUACCCAAUCCAAAAUUACCCUCCAAGUGCCAUACCUCAGACAGCAGGACCUGGACCGGUUCCUCCAGCCGCGGGGCUAGAGCCACAGAAUCAACCACUUCUGGUUCAGACAGUCAUGAAUCUGCCUGGUCCAAGUAAUCCAGUACCUCACCAGGUUCAGUCAUACACAGUAGGCUACCCAAUCCAAAAUUACCCUCCAAGUGCCAUACCUCAGACAGCAGGACCUGGACCGGUUCCUCUAGCCGCGGGGCUAGAGCCACAGAAUCAACCACUUCUGGUUCAGACAGUCAUGAAUCUGCCUGGUCCAAGUAAUCCAGUACCUCACCAGGUUCAGUCAUACACAGUAGGCUACCCAAUCCAAAAUUACCCUCCAAGUGCCAUACCUCAGACAGCAGGACCUGGACCGGUUCCUCCAGCCGCGGGGCUAGAGCCACAGAAUCAACCACUUCUGGUUCAGACAGUCAUGAAUCUGCCUGGUCCAAGUAAUCCAGUACCUCACCAGGUUCAGUCAUACACAGUAGGCUACCCAAUCCAAAAUUACCCUCCAAGUGCCAUACCUCAGACAGCAGGACCUGGACCGGUUCCUCCAGCCGCGGGGCUAGAGCCACAGAAUCAACCACUUCUGGUUCAGACAGUCAUGAAUCUGCCUGGUCCAAGUAAUCCAGUACCUCACCAGGUUCAGUCAUACACAGUAGGCUACCCAAUCCAAAAUUACCCUCCAAGUGCCAUACCUCAGACAGCAGGACCUGGACCGGUUCCUCCAGCCGCGGGGCUAGAGCCACAGAAUCAACCACUUCUGGUUCAGACAGUCAUGAAUCUGCCUGGUCCAAGUAAUCCAGUACCUCACCAGGUUCAGUCAUACACAGUAGGCUACCCAAUCCAAAAUUACCCUCCAAGUGCCAUACCUCAGACAGCAGGACCUGGACCGGUUCCUCCAGCCGCGGGGCUAGAGCCACAGAAUCAACCACUUCUGGUUCAGACAGUCAUGAAUCUGCCUGGUCCAAGUAAUCCAGUACCUCACCAGGUUCAGUCAUACACAGUAGGCUACCCAAUCCAAAAUUACCCUCCAAGUGCCAUACCUCAGACAGCAGGACCUGGACCGGUUCCUCCAGCCGCGGGGCUAGAGCCACAGAAUCAACCACUUCUGGUUCAGACAGUCAUGAAUCUGCCUGGUCCAAGUAAUCCAGUACCUCACCAGGUUCAGUCAUACACAGUAGGCUACCCAAUCCAAAAUUACUUACCCUCCACCAUACCUCAGACAGCAGGACCUGGACCGGUUCCUCCAGCCGCGGGGCUAGAGCCACAGAAUCAACCACUUCCGGUUCAGACAGUCAUGAAUCCGUCUAGUCCAAGUAACUCAGCACCUCACCAGGUUCAGUCAUACACAGAUUAUUAA